UGUGUGAUGCUGGUCUCAGGGGGUGUAGCUCAGACACUGCAGUAGAAGGUAGGGCUUGGCUGCUGCACUAUACAAUGCGCUGAAAGAUGGUGCACCAGGAGAAAUGUGUUUACCAGGCCCAGAGGAAUGAGAGAGAGUCCAUUAGGCAGAAGCUGGCCCUUGGCAGUUUCUAUGACGACGGACCGGUUACCUUUACUGGCUGCAGCAAGAGCAGCAAAAACUGCCUGUCCUCACGGCUUCAGAAUGGGGUGAAUCUACAGAUGUGCUUUGUGAAUGACAGCAGCAGUGACAGGGACAGUGAUGCAGAGGACAGCAGAACAGAGACCAGCUUGGACACCCCAUUGUCACCUAUGAGCAAACAGAGUUCCUCCCUGUCUGACCGGGAUACAGGAGAGGAAGACCUGGACUCAGAGGAUUCAGAAUGUUUUUGGCGGAUACAGCGGCGGCUGCAGGAGGAGGCCCGUGUGGCUCUGGCGUUGGCCCGUCCCAUGGCCCGCAUGCAGGUGGAGGUGGAGAGACAGAUUCAGCUACACCGCAGGUCCCCUGUGGCCAGACCUGGUCAGUCACACAAGUGUCCAAGAAUAGUGCUGCGCUGAGUUUCUCCUCACUGUAGUUUUCAAAAGGGCCUUCACUUCACCUCAGAGCACUUGCUAAUAAGAAAAAACACAAUACAUUCAACUUCACUUAACUUUGUUCUUGUGUUAUAGUUACCACAUCUGCCACAUAUCAGUGAGAGUCUAAUGAAGAGGAAUCUGAGGCCUGUGGACCUGAGGGACAUGAGUCUCGGUCAGUUACAGGUCAUCACCAAUGACCUGCACUCUCAGAUACAAGGUAAAGAAA